AUGACAACCGGGAGUGCAAAGACCGGCUCAAAGCCGGAGAGUCUGGCCGAUCGAUACAGAAUGACAAGAAAAGUUGGCGAUGGCACAUUUGGCGAAGUGUCAUUGGCCAAAAAACUUGACACAGGAGAUAUUGUCGCUAUUAAAAGGUAAGGAAAAAAAUUCUUUAAUUUUUUAGUUUGGGAUGAAAAUCAACAGGGGGGACCACGUUUAAUUUUUUUAAAAUUUUUUGAAAAAAUUUUUUGAAGAUAUUGAUAUUAAUAUACAAAACAAAUAGUUUUGAGUAUAUUUUGACUACUAUCAAUCCCUUUAAUUAAUUAAACUCACUUUUUCAGGAUGAAAAAGAAAUUUUAUUCGUGGGACGAAGCCAUGGCGUUACGUGAAGUAAAAUCCUUGAAAAAGUUAAAUCAUCCUAAUAUUAUCAAGCUGAAAGAAGUGAUAAGAGAGAACGACAUACUGUACUUUGUUUUUGAGUUUAUGCAGGAAAAUUUAUACGAAUUGAUGAAGGACCGGGAUCGAUAUUUUCCGGAGAAUACGAUUCGAAACAUCAUAUAUCAGGUGUUACAAGGAUUGGCUUAUAUGCAUCGGAACGGUGAGUUGUGUUAGUUACUCUAUUUUUCUUCACCUUAUCUUAACGUACCAGGACCACAUUUAACUUUUUUCUAAAAACUAAAUUUUAAAAUUCAGGUUUCUUUCACCGUGACAUGAAGCCAGAGAAUAUAAUGUGUAAUGGUACAGAGCUAGUCAAGAUAGCUGAUUUUGGUCUAGCUCGAGAGAUCAGGUCACGACCGCCUUUUACAGACUAUGUUUCAACUCGAUGGUACAGAGCUCCAGAGAUACUACUUCGAUCUACAAGUUACAAUUCACCUAUCGAUCUAUGGGCUUUGGGAUGCAUCAUGGCCGAACUUUACAUGUUACGGCCAUUGUUUCCUGGGACUAGCGAGUUGGACCAGAUUUUUAAGAUCAUUACUAUUAUGGGCACUCCUACCAAGGUAAGUGGGAUUGUAAAUUUGGCUUCUUUUUUGGGUGGGAGGGGUAAAGUGAGAGAAAAGGAGGAGGUGGACAAAUUUUUUUAAAAUUUUUUUAAAAUUUUUUUAAGUUGUUUUAAAAAUUAUUUUAAAUAAUUAAAUAAAAUAAUUUAAAAAUUUUAAAAAAAUAAUUUAGGAAGAAUGGCCAGAGGGUUACAAGCUAGCAGCAGCAAUGAACUUCCGUUUUCAACAAUCAAACGGGGUUCCACUUGAAUCAAUUGUAAAUACGAUAUGUGGUGAUGGUAUGAAGUUGAUGAAAGACAUGUUACUAUGGAGCCCAGAAAAGCGACCAACUGCCGUUAAUGUAAGGCUAUUUUUGGUGUUAUAUUAUGAAAUGGCAGCAUAAGAAAUUAAAAUUUUAAAAUUUAAAAUUUUUAAAAUAAAUUUUUUAAAUGUUUUUAUUUUCAAAAAAUUUUUAAUUUUAGUGUUUAAAAUACAAGUACUUCCAAGUAGGCCAAAAAUUGGGCGCGCCAGUUCAAAGCCAGCCAAACACCGCCGCUUUCCGCAAAAACAGUGCCGGAUCAACUCAAAGCGAUUCCAAGCUUGUAAUGAGUAGUAAAAAGCCCGGAGGCCAAAAAGUUGCACCAAAAGAAGACAUCUUUGCACACAACAAAGCUCCUCUGACACAUCAGUUAAGCGGUCCAAAAGACGGCUCUGACAGGGUGAUCAACCGUAACUUACCGUUGGCUAAGACUCAGGCUCAGAUUUUUAGUACUAAGUAAGUUUGUUGUUUGUGAGAAGGUUAGGUAGUAAACGGUAAAAUUUUAAAUUUGUUUUUAAUUUUUAAAAACUUCAGAUCAGGCGGAUCAAAUGCAAGUACAGAGAAACAGGCCUUUGCUGACCGUAGCAAUAGGUCCAACAGUGGCAAGAAAGCAGCCAAAGAUAUUUAUCUAGCCAAAUCAAGAUAUGUUCCAGGUAAGUCUUACUCUAGUUUUGAGCUGUUCUACUCCCCCCCCGGACUUUCUCAAAAAAAUUUUUUUACAAAAAAAUUCGAAUUGGUCCCUUAGACAUGAAAGGAGGCCUACUAGGCUCAGGCCUAGCCGAAUAAAAUUUGAAAGGGGUCCGGACUAAAAAGUGGGUCCGACCUCUUUACAGGUUGUGAUUUUUCCCUCUGAAAUUUUUUUGAAAAAAUAUAAUUAUUUCCAACUUUUCCUACUUUCUUUACCCCUUCUUCCUUCUUCAACCCCUUCAUCAUAUAACUAUGACAACUCUAUAAAGCCAUCCUUUUAGGUAUGGUAAAAAGUGGCAGUGGAAACAACAACGGAGCUCCAAACAUGUCUCGAUCUAAAAGUAACUCCAACUCUCAAUCACAAGCUCGAUCAGCACUACAAGCCAGAUUUGAGUAUGCGUAUGGUUAUGUUCCGUCAUUUGGUACCAAAAGCAAUAACAGUCUUUCGAAUUCCACUUCAAACUUGAGUAACGCAUCUAAUAGUCCGGGCGUGUCACCCAGCUCCAAAAUGGUUACUACUGGUGGAAGGACUAAUUGGGCGGCCAAGUAAGGCAUUUUUUAGUUUAAAAUUUGAAAUAAAUUUUGAAAUUUCAAAAGUUAAGGCACUUUAAAUUUAAAAAUUGAAAAAAUUUAAAAAAUUUAAAAUUUCUUUUUCCGUUUAAAAAGUAUGUCUAUGAGUAACUAUAGUUAUAUUUUAGGUAUGGCAGGUAA